UUUCUGGUACUUGAUGCUCGAUAGCACGCCGCCCCCUUAGUGAUAAUUAUUCACACGAGCCGUACGAGGCUUACGUUUGAUGUCGUCAUCGAUUCAAACGGCCAGUGAAUCUAUUGGAGAUUCAGUAAAGGAGCGCCGACGCCAUCCGGACACGCUUUUGUUUGUGGAUGAGAACUACAGACCAUUACGGAAAUGUGGGCAGAAAUUGGGAAAUUAUUGUUUUUUCAUUUUUUAGUGUCGGAAUUACACCCAGCAAAAGGGAGUAAAACUGGUGCUGAAGCUGAGUGCGAGGAUGGACAGUUUCAGUGCAACAAUAUGAGAUGUAUUCCCACCAUAUGGAGAUGCGAUGAUGACGAUGAUUGCUCUGACAAUAGCGACGAGGAGAACUGCUUGAAGAAGACAUGUGCGCCCUCAGAGUUUGCAUGUGAGAAUGGUCAGUGUGUUCCUGUGCGCUGGCGGUGUGACGGUGAACCUGAGUGUCCAGAUGGAUCUGAUGAGGCUGAUGCCACCUGCACGGUCAGACAGACGUGUCCACCAGAUAAAUUCGACUGCGGAGGGAAGUGUGUGUCGCUGUCCUGGCGCUGUGAUGGGGAGAGAGACUGUGAAAACGGCUUAGAUGAAGAGGACUGUGCUGCGGAUGCCCGGUCCUGCUCAGGAGGAGAAUUUCAGUGUCGUAACCGCAAGUGUUUAGCACCAGUCUACGUGUGCGACGGGGACGACGACUGUGGAGAUGGCAGCGAUGAAGAGAAGUGCUCUCCGCCCACCUGUGGGCCGCACGAGUUCCGCUGCAACAGCUCAGAGUGCGUGCCCAAUCCCUGGACAUGUGACGGUGACCCGGACUGCGCUGAUGGUUCUGAUGAGUCGGAGGGGAGAUGUGGUAGCGGGUCCAGUCGACCAGCUCCUCCUCCUUCUCGCAGGGCGCAGUGCGGCACUGGAGAAUUUCGUUGCGGGAGUGGGGAGUGUGUGAGGCUGACCUGGAGGUGUGACAGGGAUCCUGACUGCAAGGACAAAUCAGAUGAGGCCGACUGCCCUCUGCUCACAUGCCGACCCGAUGAGUUCCAGUGUGGAGACGGGUCCUGCAUCCACGGCAUCAAACAGUGCAACAAAAUCCACGACUGCCUGGACAAAAGCGAUGAGGCUGGCUGUGUCAACGCUACCAAGUGUGAGGGACCUCUGAAGUUUCUCUGUAGGAACGGGGAAUGCAUUGAUGGCACGAAAGUAUGUGACAAUGUCAAGGACUGCAAGGAUCGAUCAGACGAACCCAAAAAGGAGUGCAGUUUGAAUGAAUGUUUACUUAACAACGGCGGUUGCUCACACAUCUGCGUGGACCGGCCUAUUGGAUUUGAGUGUCAGUGUCCCAUCGGAUACAGGCUGCUGGACAAGAGGACAUGUGGAGACAUCGAUGAGUGUGAGAACCCUGAUGCCUGCAGUCAGAUCUGCAUCAACCUUAAAGGGGAUUUCAAGUGUGAAUGUCACCCGGGUUAUGAGAUGGACCCUGUGAGCAAAACAUGCAAGGCAAAGGGAAAAAGCCCUUACCUGAUGUUCACGAACAGACACGAGAUCAGGCGCAUUGACCUGGUGAAGAGAGACUACACGCAGGUGGUUCCCACUCAGAAGAACGCGGUGGCCAUCGACGUAGACGUGGCAGCCAACCGCAUGUUCUGGUGUGACCGUUUUCAACAUAAAAUAUACAGUGCGUACAUCCAUGAAGCAAGCGACCCGUCUCGCCACGUAACCCUGAUCGAUUCAGAUCUGCAUUCCCCUGAGGGUCUGGCUCUGGACUGGGUCCACCACAACCUCUAUUGGACUGACUCAGGCGACAGAACCAUCUCUGUGUCCUCUGCGGAUGGAAGCAGGAGACGCGUGUUGAUCAGCACCGAGCUAAGCGAGCCGCGGGCCAUCGCUGUGGAUCCAGAGCGAGGGUUUAUGUACUGGUCUGACUGGGGGAUCAGGGCGAAGAUCGAAAAGGCUGGCAUGAAUGGUGUCGAUCGAAAGGUGUUGGUGUCUAAGGACAUUGAGUGGCCUAAUGGCAUCACUUUAGAUGUAGUAGGGAAGCGUUUGUACUGGGUGGACUCCAAACUUCACAUGGUCUCCAGUGUGGAUUUAAACGGUGCCCAACGCAGAGUCAUCUUGUCCUCUUCCGAAAGACUUGGCCAUCCGUACGCCCUCGCUGUUUUCGAGGAUCGGGUGUACUGGACGGACCGCGAGAAGGAGGCCGUCUACAGCGCAAACAGACUCACGGGUCAAGAUGUGACCACUCUCGCUGAGCACCUGAACGAUCCACAUGAUAUUGUAGUUUUCCAUGAGUUGAGCCAACCUGAAGCACCUGAUAGCUGUAACCUGGGCGGUGGGACUAACGGAGGUUGUGACUUCCUGUGUCUGCGAGCUCCUCAGAUCAGUGAGCACUCGCCCAAAUACAGCUGCGCUUGCCCAGACGGAGAGGAGCUGAGUCCUGACACACGCCAGUGUGUGCCCGUUCAAAAUGACACUGCUGUAAUGCCCACUGUCCCCAUCAACAUCACCAUGGAAACCGUUUCGGUGGCUGGCCAGGAAGCAGCGGUGACCUCUCAUUCUGAUAGUAUAGCAGAAACCAGCAUCCCAUCACUUCUCACUUCCAGCUCAGAGGAACCACCCAUCUCCUCUAAUGCUACAGCAGAGCAGAGCCCAACACAGAUGUCCACACCAGGAGAUACCAGUAACCUGUCUCACCACUCCGGCAAUGAUUUGUUUCUCCUUGGCCGUAAUCUGACAGUGGCAGUGCUUGGUGUUGUUAUUCCCAUAGUUCCUAUCGUUGCCACAGUGGUCUUCGGGGUCCUGUGCACCGGCAUUUACCUCGUAUACCGCAACUGGAGGCGGAACAGCACUAAGAGCAUGAACUUCGACAAUCCAGUCUAUCGCAAGACCACGGGAGAGACGGAAGAGGACGAGAUCCAUAUCGGCCGGACUGACAGGCUAACUGGACAUCACCACACUUACCCCGGACCCGUAGUGGGCAUGACUCCAGUCGGCACGGCCACGUGCCCACCCUUCAUUGCUUUACCUCUGGGAACCGGAUUACCGGAUCCAGCCACACACUGGUACACAGAGCAACCCACCAUCUCGAGUGCUAAAUGAAGAAGAGGAGGAGGAAACCUUUAGAUUUACUGUGACCACACAGAGAACGACUGAGAUGUGACUGGCACGCUGUGCAGGAACUGAGCGAGCUGAAUCACACACAGAGAGUUUCUAAAGUGCACUGAAAAACUGCACAGCAAAUGCUGGAUGCUUAUAUGAUAAGAUGCUGGAAAUAUUAACAGUUUUAAUGCAGUUAGAAUUACAUGUUUUGCAUUUAAUAUUUUUCUUAAAGUUUGACUUGAUAAAUAAGGCACUGGUUGCAUUGAUAUCCUGAAGUAGCCUAGAAGUGUUAGUACUACUGGUAAAGUUACAAAGAGAGUUUAGGUGGUAAAAAAUAUGAGAAGGAAAUAAUUCCAAAUAUAUGCCAACGUCUUAGUGUCAUUCUAAUCCAGAAAUGUUUACAAAGAGCCAUAUUUUGAAAUCUGACCAUUUACUUUCUUCAUACAUGUUUUUUGUGUUAUUGUGCACAGAUAAACGUCUGCUUUUCUUAUUUUUCAUCACAAGUUUUCAACCCCACCUCUACAACCACCUAUCACCCGCUGAACAAAACAAAAGAAUCCUUCAUAGAAAUUCGAAUGGCUUUUUCCAUUAAAGCAAUUACAAAAUUCCUUUUUGUAGUGUGUUUUGGCCAUUAUUUCAAUAAGAUUUAAUGGUGUUCUAAUGGGUCCCAUCUGCCACAUAACAUCCCACCAAUAGAAUCCAUCAGUUCCCAGUAGACAAUUAUACUGUAGUUUCCAUUAAAACCAAAACAAUUCCCAUUAAAGACAUCAGAUCCUUAACAUUUUCGAUUGUGUUUUGAACAAGGUUCUUUUUUUGAGCAAGGAAAUAGAGAUCUUUGUUUAGAAUCCAAUCACUUUUAAAUAGUUUUACUUCACAUUGACUUGAAACAUAGGGAUUUUUUUGUCAGCUUCAGUGCUAUUAUCUAUUUCUGGUUGUGUUCUUGCUAUCCAGAUUCUUAAUUCUUAUCCCCCGCUUGUAAACAAAAAUCCAUUGUCCCAAAUUUACUCCCAAAUUUUACUAGGUUUGCGCUGCAUUGCUUGGCAAGAACCUGAAUCUGGCACAGCAGACUCAUUAGAGCAGUGAGCACCAGUGUAUUCACAUUCAGUCAAAAAAGACGUUUCAAGUACAUAACGCAAAAAGUUAUGUUUUGCUAGGUGUAAAUAUUUACGAACCGGUGAUCAUUUACAAAAUGUAGGCGUUUCACACAUCUGUUUCUGUUAUUUGACGAAAGGGCUUGCUUUGGUUUUGUUGUGUUUAUUCCUGAAACGUGGAAACAGUCACCCCAAGAUUCUAGCAUAGCUGCGGGCAUUGAGCCAUAGGUUUUAUAAGCACGAUGUUUAAUGUCUGUAUAAACACAUUAGAAUCACAUUAACAUCAAAAAUUGUGUUUGACUGGCAUCUGUGCAGACAGCAUCCUCAGCGGUCUCGAUGCUCUCUAUUCACUGUAAUGGACGUACUGACUUUUAAUGAUGCUCUGAAAGGCCAUACAUUCCAAAUGCUGGACAUUUAUUCGUGCAGUUGUUCUUAAGAAAAGGAUCCUCUACAUUCUUUUGUUCUGGUAAGAGGAUGUAUAGUUUCGUCUCAGGGAGAUGGUACAGUGUGUGUGCAGUAUGGAAUAGGAUUUUAUUUUCUUUUAUCAAUAAAAUGUGGCAGGUUUUUUAAACAAAAUGCACUUGAAAUGUUUUUAAUACAAAUAAAUGAAUCUGUUGCACAACACCAUUGCUGGCGUGAACCUCAUCUGAACAUGCCAAUGUCACAUUUUACAUCAAAAUGAAAUUUGGACAUUUUUCAAACAUUUCUUGAAGCUUAUAUUUGGAAUUGAGUUUUGCAUUGUGACAUUAUUUCUAAUACAAUUGAGCACAUUGAAAAAAGCAUCACAAAGAAUGCUGCGGUUACUUUUAUCACGAAAAUAAUGUAACUGUGCAAAAAUCUUCCCAAAAAAGGCUUCCUUUUAAAAAAAUCUAAGUUAUCGUGGUGAAAAUAUGGCCCAGGCCUGUUCUUGAUAGGUUCCGUGACUUUCACCUGCUGAGACUUGUUCAUACUUUAUAUAUUGUAAGGGCGUCUUAAAUUGGCAGACAGAAGGACAGUUUUCUCCCAUUAGGCUGGUUUCUGUCAGAAAGAGCAGCUGUUCUUUCACAGAUUCUCUGAUCAGAUGAUACCUCAUUAAUAUUAAAGAGCAUCACUCUAGGAUAUAAAAUAAAAGCUCCCUCAUAAGAGACGAGCAGUAAAUAUCCUGUGUGUGAGAGAGGGAGAUAAAGAGAGAAUGUUAUGUGUGUGUUCGUGUGCGUGUACGUGUGUGAGAGAGAGAAAUCUGUGUUCAGAUUGAUUUGUGGUUUAAACCACUCUUGAUGCAUUGUUUCUUUAGGAAGUGUAAAUAUGUUUUCAUACAAAUACUUUUGAUACAGCUUUGUAAAAAUUGUACAUAAGAUUUUAGAUAACAGUAUUACCAAUUACCUAAUUUAUUCUGCAUUUUUCGGAUGGUAUUAACUUUGCCAAAGUGAUUCUGUGCUUUUGGUCUGUUUUGUUUACUUUAGCCUCUCUUUUUUAAAGCCCUUUUAGGCUGCUGUAAAACAUUUUCAUUAGUUUUAUUAAAUUACGUUCUUAUUGCACUUUUUUGCAGACAAAAUGUUAAUUGUUUUCUGUUCCGGUGCCUUGUUUUGUGACUUUUACUGAUGUUGUUUUAAUUCUGUCUGAUCUGUCACCACAUAAACUUUAUUGUGGCAUUAUGGUCUUGUAUUUCCAAUGUUGCUCUUUAUAUGUCUCUCUAUAGAUUGAUAUAAAAGUCAUUCAGAA